AUGUCGUCAGAAAGGGUUUUAAAUUAUGCCCCACCCUUUAAAUCAUUUCUGGAUACUUCUUUUUUCCAGGAACUAUCGAGGCUGAAGCUCGAUGUUUUGAAAUUAGAUUCAACAUGCCAACCGCUUGCUGUGAAUCUAGAUCUUCGUAAUAUUCCCAGAUCUGCCGAUCAGGUUCCAUUAUUCCUAACAAACCGAAGUUUUGAAGAAUACAAUAAAAGACGUGAUAAUGAAGUGCCUAUACAGGGCAAGAUUUUCAAUUUUAAUGUAUUAGACGAGUUUAAGAAUCUGGAUAAGCAACUAUUUCUGCACCAAAGAGCAUUGGAAUCCUGGGAAGCUGGAGUAAAGGAUAUUAAUAAGUGCGUUUCCUUUGUGAUUAUUAGUUUUGCUGACUUGAAAAAGUACAGGUUUUAUUACUGGUUGGGUGUUCCUUGUUUUCAAAGACCCUCUUCAACAGUUUUACAUGUGCGGCCAGAGCCAAGUUUAAAAGAGCUGUGCACGAAGUGUCAAAAAUGGUUUGAUGUCAAUUAUUCAAAAUGGGUGUGUAUAUUGAACGAAGAUGAUGAAAUAGUAAAUUAUGACAAGGACAUUACUGCAAAAACCAAAGUUCUGGCGGUGAGGGAUACAAGUACGAUGGAAAACGUCCCCUCCGCCCUAACCAAAAAUUUUCUCAGUAUAUUACAGUAUGAUGUUUCUGAUUUGGCAGAUUUCAGAUUACUAAUUAUUAGACAGAAUGGAGGCAGUUUUGCAUUAAAUGCUACAUUUGUUCCUUGUGACCCACAAUUAUCGUCAAGUAACCCAAUUAUGAAGGUUUCCGGAUGGGAAAGGAAUAUGCAAGGAAAGCUAGCUCCGCGUGUUGUUGAUUUAAGCUCUUUAUUAGAUCCCUUAAAGAUUGCUGAUCAAUCUGUGGAUUUAAAUUUAAAGCUGAUGAAAUGGAGAAUUGUUCCUGACUUAAAUUUGGAUAUCAUCAAGAACAGAAAAGUAUUACUACUAGGUGCUGGUACACUGGGUUGUUAUGUUUCACGCGCAUUAAUAGCAUGGGGUGUUAGAAAAAUAACGUUUGUGGAUAGUGGCACAGUUUCGUAUUCAAAUCCCGUGAGGCAGGCCUUGUAUAAUUUUGACGAUUGUGGAAAACCAAAGGCAGAGCUUGCGGCUGCGUCUUUGAAAAGAAUAUUUCCUUUAAUAGAUGCUACGGGUGUGAAAUUAAGUAUUCCUAUGAUUGGUCAUAAAUUAGUUAACGAGGAAGCUCAGCAUGAGGAUUUUGACAGGCUAAGAGCGUUAAUAAAAGAGCAUGAUAUUGUUUUCUUAUUGGUGGAUUCACGAGAAAGUAGAUGGCUACCGUCAUUACUGAGCAACAUGGAAAAUAAAAUCGUCAUUAAUGCUGCUCUGGGAUUCGAUAGUUACUUAGUUAUGAGGCAUGGCAAUAGAAAUGGACAGCCUUCAAAACAACUGGGUUGUUACUUUUGCCAUGAUGUGGUCGCACCAACGGACAGCUUAACUGAUAGGACUUUGGACCAAAUGUGCACAGUGACCAGGCCUGGUGUUGCUAUGAUGGCUUCUUCUUUGGCUGUUGAAUUGAUGGCUUCCUUAUUACAGACUAAAUACUCUGGUUCAGAAACAACGGUGUUAGGUGAAGUACCUCAUCAAAUACGUGGGUUUUUGCAUAAUUUUUCUACCUUAAAAUUAGAGACUCCAGCAUACGAGCAUUGCCCAGCAUGCAGCCCUAAAGUUAUUGAAGCGUUCACAGACUUAGGUUGGGAAUUUGUGAAGAAGGCACUGGAACACCCACUUUAUCUCGAAGAAAUAUGUGGUUUGUCAGUUAUAAAGCAAGAGGUUGAACAACUAGGUAAUGACGUUUUUGAAUGGGAAGAUGAUGAACCUAGUGCGAUCGUCUGA